AUCUAGUUUAUGGACUCCCUUUACGUCACUCUUAAUUGGUUCUUCUCGAUUACUCCGGUGAUUGUCUUUUUAAAGAAAAUACGGAGUUGUAUGUGUUGUAGGUGCUAAACACAAUAAAAAUAAAUGCAUUAACUAUUUAAUGACAUACAUAUGACAUGCAAUCAUGCUGAGGUCACGUCUCGCCAGUGUACCGAAAGCUAUUAAACGUAACAUCAGCACCAAUGUUCCCGCUUUGCAGAAAGCAACUGAUCCUAUACAGCAGCUCUUCCUCGACAAACUCCGGGAGUACAAGUCCAAAGGCGGAAAUGGAAAAUUGGUUGACCCCAGUCCAGAAAUUAUAAAAGAACGGCAAUCCGAAUUAGAGAAACUUAGCGCGCAAUAUGGUGGUGGGGAAGGAGUAGAUAUGACAAAAUUUCCUCAGUUCCAAUUUGUGGAUCCACCUGUGGAUACGGGUAAAAAAUGAACAUAUAUAUGUUGAUAUGUAUCAUAGCAUACUCAUGUACUGUUGAACUAUUAAAUAUUAAGUAAUUCAUCCUAAAAAUA